CUCAUUCCAUAUCCUUGAACGUAGCCCACACUCUCACCAAUCACAAUGAAGUUCGCCACCAUCGUCGCUGCUCUCUUCUUUGCUGCUGGUGUCUACGCCCAGGAGACUUCUGUCCCUGAGCCCCCCGCCGGCGAGCCCACCCCCUCUGUUCCAGGCGAAGGGCCUGUUCCAUCUGACUCUGGGGUCCCCAGCGCCCCCGUCGAGCCUUCUGCCUCUGCUGAGGUCCCCACCGUCCCCCUUCCUGAGACCACCCCCGCCACCCCUCCCGUCGGCUCUCCCUCUGCCUCUGCCUCCGUCUCCAGGCCCGUCUCCUCCCCCUCUGUCUCGCGCCCUGGCUCUGGCGUCAGCGGUUCCCAGUCUGGCGCUGGUCCUGAGCCCUCUGACGAGCCCGACAGCGCCUUCUCCAUCGCCCUCGGCUCUGGCCACUACGCCGCCGCAGCCAUCGCUGGUCUCGCAGCCAUCGCUCUCUAAAAGGCUCAUGCGGUUGAGCUUCUUGCGAUCUAGAGUUGGGCCCUUUGCCACCAUGGGCUUUUAGCAACGGACUGCGUUCAUCGCUACUUCCUAUUAGUUAUUCAUAUUCGGACUCUUCACUCUCCUUUGCUACGUCUUCCUAGUACCCUGACUAGUUCUUAAUCAAUGUGUUUCGGACUCGACUUUC